GAUCGUGCCGCUCCUCGCCGCCACCGCGAGCUACAGCACACGAGCUCGCGUCGGAAGGGGGGAUCUGCCAUGGUUGAGGUCCGGUUCCUGCUGCUGGAGACGGCGAUGGGCUUUGCCAUCUUCGACCGAAAGGAGUCGGACGAGAUUGGCGCCGAGCUGGCGGACGCACAGAAGGCGACGCCCGACUUUUCUCGCUUCUCCAAGAUUUGCGCGCUCCGCGGCUUUAUGCCGUUUACGUCGGCAGAGGACGCCCUCGAAAAUAUCAACGACUUGGGGGAGGGUGUGCUCUCCCCGGUGCUGCGGACGGCGGUGGAGACGAAUGUGCCCGCCGCCAAGGCGGGCAAGAAGGCCAAGGCGGCCCUCGGCGUCGGCGAGGAGAAGAUCGGCAAGGCCAUCCAGGAGGAGCUCGGCACGCCGGUCGUGUGCAACGACCUCACGCGCGAGCUGCUGCGGGGCUGCCGGGUGCACAUCUCGACCUUCCUGUCCGGGCUGCGGACGGGCGACGUGGAGCGCGCGCAGCUGGGCCUCGCCCACUCCUACUCGCGCUGCAAGGUCAAGUUUGAUGUCAACCGCGCCGACAAGCACAUCAUCCAGUCGAUAGCGAUCCUCGACACGCUCGACAAGGACAUCAACACCUUCGCGAUGCGCGUGCGCGAGUGGUACUCGUGGCACUUCCCGGAGCUGCUCAAGAUCGUGUCCGAUAACUACAUGUACGCCGCGCUCGUCACACUCAUCCGGCGGCGCGACUCGCUCUCGACGGAGCGGCUGCCGGAGCUCGAGCGCGUCGUGAUGGACGCCGACAAGGCAAAGGCGGUGCUCGACGCGUCAAAGCACUCGAUGGGGAUGGACAUCUCGGACAUCGACCUGCUCAACAUCGAGACCUUUGCGCAGCGCGUGAUGAAGCUCGCGGAAUACCGCCGCUCCCUGCAGGAGUACCUGCACAACAAGAUGAAUGCCGUCGCGCCAAACCUGCAAGCCCUGAUCGGCGACCAGGUCGGCGCGCGGCUCAUCUCGCACGCGGGCUCGCUGACCAACCUGUCAAAGUACCCCGCAUCGACUGUGCAGAUCCUGGGCGCCGAGAAGGCGCUCUUCCGCGCGCUCAAGACGAAGGGCAACACGCCCAAGUACGGGCUCAUCUUCCACUCCUCCUUCAUCGGCCGCGCCGCCGCAAAGAACAAGGGCCGCAUCUCGCGCUACCUCGCAAACAAGUGCUCCAUCGCGUGCCGGAUCGACAACUUUUCGGACGAGCCGACCUCCAAGUUCGGGGACAAGCUCAAGGAGCAGGUGGAGCAGCGGCUGCGCUUCUACGACUCUGGCGAGGCGCCCAAGAAGAACGUCGACGCGAUGAGGGAGGUGCUGGACGAGCUGCGGGCCGAGGCAGGCGGAAAGCCCGACAAGGAGGGCAAGAAGGAGAAGAAGAAGAAGAAGCGCGAGGCGGCCGACGAGGCCGCGGCCGAGGAGCCGAAGAAGAAGAAAAAGAAGAAGAAGGACAAGGACUGAGCGGGAGUGUCGGGCAGUGUGUGGCGCAGCGCGGAGCCGGAAAAUGAUCACGGCGCGCCUGGGGACGCGUUAUGUCGGGGAGUCAGUAUGAGAGUUCUGUGCGCAUGUUCUUCUGUACGUUGUCAUUACCAUACGCCAGUAAUAAGAAUCGGUACGGAAAAGAGCGAGUGGGAGGAACACAAGCAUUUCGGAGACGGACCAUUUGGGCCUCUGCGCUCUGGCUCUGCGCUCUGGGUCUGGCGGCCUCUGGCAGUGGCACCUCUGCGCACUGCGGCCGGCGCGCGGGGCGGCGCAAUCGCGCUGGCGCGCGCCCCCCGGCGCGCGCGCAGCGGAGGAUGGGCAAAGGGGUUGGCCGAUGACUCCUCAGAGGAGCAGUCCUGUCUACUCGUUCAUCCACAGAGGCGUGCGGAAGCCCGCUCCGGCGUAUGGCGCCGAGGCGCCCAGCUCCUCCUCGAUGCGCAGCAGCUGGUUGUACUUUGCGAGCCGCUCCGAGCGGCAAGGCGCGCCCGUCUUGAUUUGGCCGGUGCAGAGGCCGACGGCGAGGUCGGCGAUGUAGGUGUCCUCCGUCUCGCCGGAGCGGUGGGAGGUCAUCACGCCCCAGCCGGCCGCCUUCGCGUCCUUGACGGCCUGGAUCGCCUCGGUGAUGGAGCCGAUCUGGUUCACCUUGAGCAGCAGCGCGUUGGCCGCGCUGUCCUUGACCGCGCGCGCGAUCUUGGUCGGGUUCGUGACGGUGAGGUCGUCGCCGACGAUCUGCACGUCCUUCCCGUACUUUGCAACCAUCUCGGACCAGUUCUCCCAGUCGUCCU